GUGACUCACCACUUACGUGUCUUGGCGUGUCGCAGUUUUGUUCUUUUUAUUAAAUCGUUGCCUUACAUUUUGAAGCACAUCAUUUUGUGCAAACAGCAAUAAAGGUGAGCGUGUCAAAAAAGAGGGCGUGGCCAAAGUGUGAGGAGAUCCCAGUGGAAGCAGAAAGUAAAAGAAUGAGGAAAAGCCACCAUGAGGACGCUGCUGAUUUUCUCUCUCCUUCUUUCCUUCACUCCUCAACUAUAUGGGUCCAACGUGUGCACGUCGCGAGGAGUCACGACAUGUCAGCAGUGUUUGACCGUUCACCCCAGCUGUGCGUGGUGCUCCCAGGAGAGAUUUGGCAUGGGAGGAGCCGGUGUGUCUCGCUGUGACCUGAAGCAGAAUCUUCUGGAUGGAGGCUGCUCCGAGGCAGAUCUGGAGUCGCCCGGCAGCACUUUGGUGGUCCAGGAGGACAAGCCUCUUAGUGACAAAGCCUCGGGGGAGGCUGACGACGUCACUCAGAUAACGCCGCAGAAGAUUCACAUGGCGCUCAGGCCAGGUGACUCCAAAAGGUUCACUGUGACCGUGAAGCAAGUGGAGGAUUACCCGGUCGACCUCUACUACCUGAUGGACCUUUCCUUUUCCAUGAAGGACGACUUAGCUCGCCUCCAGACUCUGGGAAACAAGCUCGCAGUGACCAUGGGGAAGAAAACCAGCAACCUACGCAUGGGAUUUGGAGCUUUCGUGGACAAGACCGUGUCCCCUUACAUGUACAUGUCCCCACCGGUAGCCGUAGACAACCCUUGCUACGAGAUUGAUGAGAAAUGUCAGGCCCAGUUUGGGUUCAAGCAUGUGCUGUCCCUGACCGAGACGGUGGCCCGCUUCACCGAGGAGGUGGAGAAGCAACAAGUGUCCCGAAAUAGAGACGCUCCGGAAGGUGGAUUUGAUGCCGUCAUGCAGGCGGUGGUGUGCAAGGACAAGAUCGGCUGGCGUCCCGAUGCCUCGCACCUUGUGGUGUUCACCACCGACGCCAAAACCCACACCGCUUUGGACGGACGCAUCGCCGGCAUCGUGCAGCCCAACGACGGAGAGUGCCACCUUGGCGGUGACAACGUCUACAACAAAACCACUGUGCUGGAUUAUCCCUCCUUGGCGCUUCUGACGGAGAAAAUGUCCGAGAACAACAUCAAUCUGAUUUUCGCUGUGACAGACUAUGUGGUGCCGCUCUACAAGGGGUACAGCCAGCUCAUUCCAGGCACAACCGUGGGAACGCUGUCCGGCGACUCUGGGAAUGUUAUCGAGCUCAUAGAACAAGCGUACGCCAAAAUCCGCUCUAAAGUGGAGCUGGAGCUAAUCGGAGUCCCCGAUGAGCUCAAUCUGUCCUUCAACGCGACGUGCCUGAACGGCGAGGUCAUCACUGGUCUCAGGUCUUGCUCCGGCCUUGAGAUCGGAGACACGGUGUCUUUCAGCGUGGAGGCUCAGUUGCGUGGCUGCCCGAAGGAGAAGAUCCAGACGUUCACCAUCAAACCCCAAGGCUUUAGGGACGCCCUGGAGGUCACCGUGGUUUUCGCCUGCGCGUGCGACUGCGAGGCCUUCGCCGAGGCUGACAGCCCGUCGUGUAGCGGCGGUAACGGCACCUACGAGUGUGGCGUGUGCCAGUGCCACCAGGGCCGCCUGGGCCCGCGCUGCGAGUGCUCCUUGCAGGACUACAGUCCCUCCGACGACGACAAAUGCGUCCCCAAGCCGGGGAGUCCCAUCUGCAACGGGCGAGGGGACUGCUUGUGCGGACAGUGCUCAUGCCAUGCCAGCGAUUUUGGACAGGUGUGGGGCAAACACUGCGAGUGCGACGACUUCAACUGCCUCAGAUUCAAAGGAGCCCUCUGCUCAGGUCACGGCAAGUGCAGCUGCAGCUUCUGCCAGUGUGACCCCGGCUGGGUGGGCGAGAAUUGCAACUGCAGCACGCGCAUCGACACGUGCAUGUCCAACUUGGGCCUGGUGUGCAGCGGCCGCGGUAACUGCGAGUGCGGCGUGUGCCAGUGCACGCAGCCCGGAGCCUACGGCGCCACCUGCGAGAAGUGUCCCACCUGCCCCGACUCCUGCACCAUUAAGAAGGCGUGCGUUGAGUGUCAGCACUUCAAGAGAGGCCAGUACGCAGAAGACAAGAGCUGCAAUCGAAUCUGCAGAGACGAAAUACAAGUGGUGACGGAAAUUGAGUUCCACUCGAAGAACGCGGUGAACUGCUCGUACAAAGACGAGAAUGACUGCGUGGAGCACUUCCAGUACUAUGAAGACGAAAGUGGCAAAUCCAUCUUGUACGUGAUAAAAGAGCCAGAAUGCCCUCAGGGCGCCAACGUGCUGGUGGUCCUCCCGGCCGUGGCUGGAGCCAUCCUGCUGCUGGGCCUGGUGGCUCUGCUCAUCUGGAAGCUGCUGGUCACCAUCCACGACCGCAGGGAAUACGACAGGUUUGAGAAAGAGCGAGCCAAAGCCAAGUGGAACACGGGCAACAACCCGUUGUACAAAGGAGCGACGUCAACCUUCACCAACGUAGCGUACAAAGGCGCCGCCUCAAGCUGAGUGCCCCUGUCGGAGGAGAAGAUGCCGGAACCUCUUUAUGGCUGUGCCUACAAUGACCAAUGCAUUGUACAGUUAGGGAAAAAAAUGUUUUUAUGUUAAAACCCCUUUUUGUGCUGUCUGCUGUACACACAUCAAUGUUGCACUCCUUUGUUUACAAUUGUGUUUUUUCUCUAUCACCGCAUCACUCAUGUAGGUUUUUUGUGUUUUUUGUUUUUUUAAAGACUUGCUUGAGCACUUGUAAAUUCAAAAAAAUACAUUGACUUUAAGUUAUUUGAAAUUGGCAUCUAAAAAUAAGAAUAUUCAAGGUGUAUAUGCCUAUUUGCUGUAAAUACAGUUUGAUGGUUUCUAUAUCAGUGUGGAUGGGAAAAUGCCAAUAAAGCCUGCCAAACACA